UCAAAAUGGAAGCUCGUACAGUCUCAGUUAUAUUAUUUUUAAUAGCUGGAGUUUAUUCAAAAGAAUCACAUGAUGAAAAGUUGACAAAGUUUCCAGGAUGUGAAAAAAUGAAAGAUUUUAUUGGAAUUCCAUUAUCAAAAUGCUGUGAAUCACUUCCGCAUAUGGUUGACAAGGAAUUAUAUAAAGAUUGUAUGGAAUCGUGCAAAUCAAAAGAUGAUUUUGUUUCCAAACGAUGUUGCAUGGCUGAUUGUGUUCUUAAGGCUGCCAAAUUAUUGAAUGAAACUGGAUACUUUGAUUUUGAAGCUGCAAAAACGACAUUGAACGAGAAAGUUUCAAAUGACGAAAAAUGGGUCGAAGCUAUAAAAGAAUCGGUUGAGACAUGCAAAACUGAAGCACCUCAAAAACUUGAAGAAUGGAAAAAGAAGGAUUCGCCAAAAUGUGAAACAGCUAUUAAUAUGGUAGCAAAGCACUGCAUACUUCGUCAACUCUUCUUCAAAUGUCCAACUAAAGCUACAUCCAAAGAAUGCACAGAUCUCGAAGAAUUCGGACAAAAAUGUCCACUUUUCCCAGUUCCAGGAAAGCAAGGAAAGAAGGAUGAUCCAGCCUGUGAUAAAUCAAAGCUUGUUCCAAAUACAUAUAUUGAGAACUGUUGCCCUACGCUACCACAUUUUAGUGAUCCAGAAAUAUUUGCUGGAUGUGCACAACACUGUGCGAUGUGGAUUUCAAACCCUGAUCAGCCUGGAGCUAAGAAAUGUUGUAUUUUAAAUUGUACCUUACAUAUGGCUGAUGUUCUUAGAAAAAAUGAAACUUUUGUUAUUGAUAAAAUGGUUAAAUAUUAUCAGAAGACUGUCAAACCUGAGACCUCCAAUGUUUGGUUCCCAAUUAUUAGGAAAGUCAUCAUCAAUUGUCGUGAUAUUGGUAUGAAAUAUAAAGAACCAGCAAUUGAAGAAAUGGCGCCGCAAUGUGAGACAACAAAUAUUACAGUAGCCCUAAACAUCACAAGAUGUAUUCGUAGAGAAUUAUUUUUUGAAUGCAAAGAUAAACUAAUGGAAUCUGAAAACUGUCAGCUUCUUAAAGGAUAUGGUAUGGAUUGCAUGUAUUGGCCAUGGCAGUGUUAUCGAAAGAAGCUUUUUGGAGGAAUUGAAAAGCAUAAAAAUUCAGCUGUACAAACUUAAUUCACAAAAUGACAAUUCAUGUCUCUUGGUUGUAUUAUCUCAAUUCCUAAUGCUUAAAUAUUUAAUAAAAUAAAAUUAAA